CGUAGGCAGGGGUGAAAAGCCUUCUUCCGCGUUCCUUCUGCACAUGUGCCGCCCCUCCCUCGCACUUCCGCCGCGCUCUGUGGAAAUUUCCACCGGCGCCGCGGUGGGAGCCGUGGGCCUCGGCGCGAUCCCCCAGGUAAUGUGUAGAGGCUUUUGACCAGAAGACCAAGGACCAAGCCACAACUUUUCUCUUACUACCCUGCUCCAUUUGUCUUCUCUCAGCAACACCUCUGGGGUACUCUGUGUUUCUAAGAGGAAUAAAAAAUGAACAAGUAUCCGGAGCUGGUGUCAUUUGAGGACGUGGCUGUGCGCUUCACCUGGGAGGAGUGGCAGGACCUGGACGGCACCCAGAGGAGCCUGUACCGGAGCGUGAUGCUGGAGACCUACAGCAGCCUGGCGUCCCUGGGACUAUGCAUCCCAAAACCUGAGUUGAUCUACAAGCUGGAACAAGGAGCAGAGCCUUGGACAGUAGAAGAGCCCUUAACACAGAGCCUGCCGGAUAUCCGGAGAGUGAAUGGCAUUAUUACAGCCUGUGAGAAAAGUCAAGACAGAUAUUUUUGGCAAGUUGUACUCACCAACACCAACACACCCACUGAAGAGAGUGAUGAAAUAGGAAACACUUUUUACCUCAGCUCAAACUAUGUAUCAGAUUUGAGUAUAAAUAAUGGGAACUGUUUAGGAGAGAAGCGGGAGGAGUGCAAUGUAGGUCUGAACACAUGUCUGCCCUCUGAGCCUGGUGGGAUAUAUGCUGAUGGGACACCGGACGAUUGUAACAUAAUGGGGUUAGGCCUCAAGUGCCCUAAGCUUGCUGACCAGCAUUACAGGAUUCACACUGGGCAGCUAGGUCAUUUAUACAGAGGGCAGAGUCACACAGAAUUAUUCAGAAGCUAUAUUCCUCACAGGAGUGUUGGUGUGGGAGAAAGCUGUGAGGACAGUGAGCCUGGCCAAGCUUGUGACGGGACGGCGCUCAAUGCCAUGUUAGUGAGGAAAGGUUUGUAUCACAUGCCUGGCCUCACUAAACACCAAGAAAUAUACACAGGAGGGAAGUAUUGUGAAUGUCUUGAAUGUGAGAUAACCUUCACCAGCAAAUUAGAUCUUUCAGUACACGAGAGCACAGGAGCAGCGGUCCGCCCCCAUGCAUGUGUGCGGUGCGAGGCAGAACGAGCUGCCCAUCCGAGCAGUGGCACUGGGGAGACCCCCCAUGAGUGGACUGAUGGUGGAGAGUCCUUUCGCUGGAAGACACAUCUCCUCAACCAUCAGGCUCCUCACACGUGUGCCAAACUGUAUGAAAAUAGAGUAUGUAGGCAAAAGUUAUAUUGUAACUCAUCCCUUACAAUACCUGAGAUAACUCAUAUUGUAGAGAAACCUUAUGAAAGUAUUGAGUGUGGAAAAGCACUUUGUAAGGAGUCCCAGCUCAAGUCAUAUCAGAGAAUUCACACAGGGAAAAAAGCCCAUGAAUGUAAUGAGUGUGGCAAGACCUUUCUUAAUAUUUCAUACCUUAGAAAGCACUGGCUUAUCCACACAGGUGAAAAACCCUAUGAAUGUAUUGAUUGUGGGAAAACAUUUCUCUGGAGUUCCAAACUCAAAAUUCAUCAACGUACACACAUAAAUGAGAAACCCUAUGAAUGUAAUGAAUGUGGAAAAUCCUUUAGAGAAAAGUCAUUCCUCAUUCAACACCAGAAAAAUCACACUGAGGAGAAACCCUAUAUAUGUAAUCAUUGUGGAAAAUCAUUUCACCACAUGGCAAGCCUCACUUACCAUAAGGUGAUUCACACUGGGGAGAAACCCUAUGGUUGUAAUCAGUGUGGAAAAUCUUUUAGCCUGAAGUCAAGGCUUGCUUACCAUGAGGUAAUUCACACUGGGAAGAAACCUUACGGUUGUAAUCAAUGUGGAAAAACCUUUUUCUACAAGUCUUACCUCACUGCCCAUGAGAUGAUCCACACUGGGCAGAGAGCUUAUGAAUGCACCCAGUGUGGGAAAGUCUUUAGCCAUAAGACAAAUCUCACUAAACAUGAGCUAAUACACACUGGGGAGAAACCCCACGAAUGUACUCAGUGUGGGAAAUUCUUCAGGCAGAAGUCACACCUCACUUACCAUAUGGUAAUUCACACUGGGGAGAGACCCUAUGGGUGUAAUCACUGUGGAAAAACCUUUAGAAGGAAGUCAACCCUCAGGAACCAUGAGAUAACCCACACUGGGGAGAAACUCCCCAAAAUGGAACCAAUGUCAGAACAAUGUUUUCCUAUAAGUCAGUGUUACUAAAGAUGGGAAUAACACAGCUGGAGAGAAACCCUGUGAAUAUAGGAAAACCUUUCUUGGUUUUUAAAAGUCAUCAAACAUGCAAUAUUCUACACUGGGGAGAAACCCUCAAUAUAAUCCAUGUGGUCAACUCAUCUCCCAGAAGUCAAGCCUCAUUAGACGAGAUAUCUGCUCCAGACUGAGGAAGAAACCCAUUUAAUGUAAUCAGUGUAGAAAAUCUAAGCCAGAAAUCUCACCACUAACAAGACAAUCCACACUCAAUAGAAGCCCUAUGGAUCUAACCAAAACCUUGAGAGAACUUUUCCCAGAAUUUAAAACAUAGCAAAUAUCAGACAAGGAUACAGAAGAGAAGGUCUACAAGUAUGGUAAAACAGUCUCCAAAAUUUAACUUCAGCAAGCAGAAGUUGGAGUGUUAAAAUGUAUAGCAGAAACCAGGUAUGUGUCUUUUAUUUUUUUCUGGGACACAACCUGCUUUUUCUCAGCCUCCAUGUAUGGUGGCUGUCAGCAGUUAACUGACCAACUAUAUAGGGAGUAUUGGGCACAAGUGGUGAAUGUUAAUUUUGAGCCUGACCAUAUAACAAUGGCCAGACAAUUUUCCGGGACUUCUCAUGUCCUGUGGAACAAAAGUGGGAUUCUUGGUUUGGCAUGUGAACUGUUGGUGGGGAGGUUCACUGUGGUGUGGGAUAAGGACUAGAACAGAGCUCUGUGCACCACUGUUUCCAUUACCUCCAGUUGUUCACUAUUGAGAAAUAAAUACCUACUCUCUUGA